AGCCACACAACAGCAGCCCAGAGAGGUCACUGGACCAUAGGAAGAUCCACUGGACUUGAAGACCGCCUGGUGCUCGGCUGGGACACCGACACGUCCACCUUGUACUACUAUUACUACUACUAGUACUACUUCUACUACUAGAAGUCAAAAUGAAGGCAUUUAGCAUUGCAGUUGCAGUGACACUCGUGCUGGCCUUUGUUUGCAUCCUGGAGAACUCUGCAGUCCCUUUCCACGGGGUGCAGGAGGUGCAGGAGGAGGCGGGAGGCAACACUCCAGCGGCAGGCGGGCCUGGGGAGCCGUGGACGGCGCUGUACCACGGGCGGCAGAGGCGGCAGAGCAACCUGUCACUGUGUCGCUGGUGCUGCAACUGCUGCCGGGCCUACAAGGGCUGCGGAUUCUGCUGCAAGUUCUGAAAAAGGAGGCGGAUGCAGAACAAGCAAGACAAUAAUUCAUGAGGCAUGAGCUGCAGAUUUUGUAUUGAAUUUUUCAUCCCAGACUGUAUUUAUUUCAUGUUUCUAAGAGCCCUGCUUUUUGUGACUUACUUUACUUUCCUGAGGCUCCUUCAUGCCGAAUAAAUGAUCGUUUAAAGCGAA